GAACAAAUCUUAAACCCUACAAAGUACAAAGCACCGGGAAACACUUGAAACCAGCGGGAGUGGCAGAAAUUGCCGGCGGCGCCAAUGACGGGCGAAACAUCGGAGACUUCGAAACACUCGCUUGAUCAACCAACUGAAUCUCCACAACGGCCUUCGAAAAUCGUCAAACUCAACGACGACAUUGCCGGCAGCGGCGUCGAAGAGGAAGAGCAGUGUGCCUCGAAUCUCAGUGAGAAGCAGAUGAAUUCGAACCCUAGACUUCAAAGGUACUUGGUAGCAGUCGAGUACAUCGGAACUCGCUUCGCCGGAGCUCAGCAACAAUCCAAUUGCAGAACCGUCGUCGGUGUUCUGGAGGAAGCUUUUAAAAAAUUUAUUGGACAGCCUGUAUCAAUAUUUUGCUCAAGCAGAACUGAUGCAGGAGUACAUGCAUUGUCAAAUGUUUGCCAUGUAGAUGUAGAAAGGAUAAGCAAACGAAAACCUGGUGAAGUGUUACCACCCCAUGAACCUGAAGUGGUUAAAAGAGCUGUGAACCAUUUUUUGCAGAAAAAUGAGGGUGAUGUAAUGGUCAUUGAUGUUCGCCGUGUUGCAGCUGAUUUUCAUUCUAGAUAUAAAGCUCAAGAACGGACGUACUUCUAUCGCAUAGUAUCUGGACCAGAGCCUUUGUCAACCUUUGAUAAAGACCGGGCUUGGCAUGUGCCUGAGGAACUAGAUCUUCUCUCUAUGCAGCAAGCAUGCAGGAUUCUUGUUGGACAUCAUGAUUUCAGUUCUUUUAGAGCUGCUGCAUGUCAGGCAAAAUCACCCAUCAGAACUUUGGAUGAAUUAAAUGUUACUGAGGUUGUAUCAACUCCAUAUUUUCCGUCAAUUUUGGAGAGGCAACCAAGUGAUGCUGUGAUGGAGAGCCUCUCCGAGACUGAGAAUUCAAAAGCCAGUUUCCCUUGUUCUGUGAUUCCCAAUCAAGUGAAGCUGGGAGGUUCAGAUCAUGAAGCUAGGCAUGAAUUUGGCAUUAGAAGAAGACCCCGUUGCUUAGUGGUCACUGCAAGGGCGCGCUCUUUUCUUUACCAUCAGGUUAGGCUGCUCGUUGGAGUUCUUAAAGCAGUCGGGACUGGUGAUCUUACUGUUCCUGAUGUUAAGCGCAUCCUCGAUGCAAAGACUAUAACUGCUGCAAGCCCAAUGGCCCCCUCCUGUGGCCUGUACCUCGGACAUGUGAAAUAUGAUCUGCCUCCAGAAACUGGAUUAGAAGAAAGAACAUGAAACCAUUACUGUUGCACCAUGCUCUAGCAUUACAAUUUCCAGCACUUUAUCACCAUUGCAUCCACAAUUACACAAAUUAACAGCAAAACCUAACUGAGAAAGUAGCAUAUAUGCCUAGUAGCCAGGUGCAUUAACAUAGAAACAGCAGCACAAAUGGGGA